UUUUCAUUUAAUUUCAUAAUACAAUGAAUUUAUCAUUUUAUAGGUUUGCCUACAUCUUGCUCGCACCAAUGCUGCAUGAGGCAAGACAUUUUUCCAGAGGUUUGGUUGGAAACAAUAAUUCUCGACAUUAAACAAUUAACAGGAUGAGCUGGAAAAUAUUUACUUUUCAUGGAGGGUUCCGCCCAAACACUUCAGUGAUCGCAUUUUUCUGCUAUUUCAUACAAAGACACGCUGCUGAAUGAACGUCUCUUCUCUGCUCACAUGCACUAAUGUCCACUCUCUGGCAGCACAGAGCAGUGUGUGUGUCGGCGGAUCAGAUCAAGCUUUGGUUGGGUGUUUCUCUUUAAUUCUGCGGCAUCUCUCUCUCUGUAUGCGGGCCUGCUGCUCUGGAGGAGGGCGGGCCGUGAACACAACGAGCAGAUUUCGGACAGUAAACUAACUGAUGCGACAUGUUGCCUCCGGAGCGUGGGCUCGGGGGUGAUUUCAGCACGCAGCUCGACUAACUUGGUUUGCAUUGAUUGAAUUUGGGACUGGCAUGCAGCGCUUCAAGUUGAACAAAGGCCCCGUCUGCUGUCUGAAAACUGACCUAAACCCUCAGAGGCUCGGCGGACUUUGGAGACAUUCUGCAGAGGCGUUUUUGCGCAGCACGGAAACCCAACGCACAGGGGAUGAUCUCCCGGUCAACUAAUAAGACAGGCGACUAUAAGUGAAACUACGGUUAUUAAGGGACACACAGGCAGCCUCUGCGCCCCUGUGUAGCGGUCCAAGAUGAUGUCACUGAUAGAUCUGGACGAUGAUCAGCGAUGGGUGCCCACUCAUGUGAAUGUCACCGUCCUGUGCGCAAGAGGACUGCGAACCAAGGGCAAGCACGGCAGCCGCUACCUCUACACCAUCAUCCAGGUGGGGAAGGAGAAGUACACCACCGGGUUGGUGGAGAAGGCGGAGGUACCCGAGUGGAGCGAGGAGUGCUGCUUCGAGCUGCUCCCCGGGAUCCUGGAGCACGGCGGCCGGAGCGCCUACCCCCCGGGGAGCGGGGACCUGGUCCUCACCGUCAUGCACCGGGUGCUUAUCGGACUUGACGUGUUUCUCGGUCAAACCAUCAUUCCUCUUGAUAAGAUAUUUCAGGACGGAGUGUGUCCUCGAGAUGAAUGGUUCAAGCUCAACUCUAAGGCAGGAAGGAAGGAGAAGGAACGUGGUGAGCUUCAGGUAACAGUCCAGUUCACCCGCAACAACAUGACAGCCAGCAUGUUCGACCUCACCAUGAAGGACAAACCUCGCUCUGCUUUUGGCAAGCUCAAGGAUCGCGUCACAGGGAGGAAGAGGGGGGACAUGGAGUCUUCCUCAGCCAUUGUGCCAGGCCGCUAUGCUGCCCUGUCAGGAUCCCUGGGGCAGCCUUUUGGAGAGGAGGACGUAGGGGCGGUGGAGUCACCAGAUGUAGAGAUAGCAGAGGAGAAGAAGAGCAAGAUGAAAGAUUUCUUCAAAGGAAGGCUGCGCAAGUCGUCUGAUACCAGGUCAUGCUCAUCGCUGGCUUCAGAGAGUAGUAUUUCUUCCAUGGCCAGCGAUAACCCCGGCCCUCCACCCAGUCUGGAUCUGCUGUCAGACCCUCCCAGCUCUCCCAUUUACACUAGCAAAGUGAGAGUGGACACCCACUAUGGAGAGACAGAUUUAGCUAAAAAAGUGCUCACCAGCCAGCACACCACAAAGGUUCUCACACACAAGCGAGCCUUCAGUGAUGAAGCUAGUAAGAUUUCAACAGCCUUCCCUCGAACAAAUCUUGCAGUGGAGUCUCUCAAGGGUCAGACCAUGACUCAGUCCAAGUCUUCCUUGUGUAUAAAUGGAAGCCACGUCUAUGACUCCGAGCCAUCAACUCCAAAGAGCUCAGGAGCCCAUUCGUCCAAGCUGGUCCUGCUGGAGAAGUGCUCCCCGCUCUCUCGUUCCCUGCAGAACCUCACCAGGCGAAGUGAGGACAAAGGUUCCUUUGCCGAGGGCAGACGCUGGUCCUUUGACAAGAUGAAGAAAGAGGAAAAGGAAGAAGAAAAAGAAGCUCAGGCAUCAUCUCCCCCAAUUCACCAAGCUCAGAUAGGAGGUCGCCCUGUGGAGACAGCGAUGCCAGUCAUCUCUUCUGCUGCUGAUUCACCUGAGAAAGGGAGGAAGCUAAGAAAGACUUUAUUCUCUGGAGGGAGGAGUGAUUCCCUCCCAGCUAAGUCAGACCUGAACCAGGCCAGUUCUACAUCUGAGGGGAGGCUCAGAGGCUGGUUUGGCUCCGCCGACUCCCAGAACAAGCCAAGGCUGGAAGUUUCUCCUAAGGUAGAAAGCAGCUCAGAUGUACCCCCUCCCCUCCCUCCUCGCUCCCCUGUACCCCCUCAAUCCGAUCAUGUCUCACCUGAUGACCGCAAUCACACCAAUCCCUUCACCCCCUCUUCCUCUCCCUCCUCAACCCCCAUCUCCCCUUCCAAUCCUUUCCCCUCACGUAUGCAGCGCAACCCCUUUUUUGAGGAGCUCAUAGCUGAAGAGUUGCAGAGGUCCCCUCCUUUUGCGUCUUGCUCUUCUUCUGGCUCAUCUCCCUUUCAUUACACUACUCUACCCUCCCAGCCCUGCACACCCAGCCUUGCUCAUGAUGUUAAUGCUACAAAUAUGGCUUCCAUAAAGCGGGAGCGCCCCAGGCCAGUAGCUAGACAGAUAUCUCUUCCUGCAUUACUACCCAAAGCAGCCACACCUAACUCCCCUAACCACUCCGCCCCUCGCUCCAUGUCAGAGAGUGCAGGAGAAUGGGAUGACUCGUUUGAUGCCUUUGCCUCCAGCAGGCUUAACUCUCCUAAAGGGAGUCUUCCUCAGAAACAGCUGAGAACCAGUUCAGCUUCAUCUCAUAGACAUAGUUAUCUUCCAGUUAAUACUAAUAAUCACGCACAAGAGCUGCAAACAUGUGAAGAGGAGCCUCCACCUUUGCCUCCAAGGAAACUUUUAAGAACUUCAGUGAACGAGAUUUAUUCUGAUGGCUGGCUGCACAGAGGUCAAGAGCUAGCUGUCCAUAAAGAAGCCUACCUCCUCUCGCAGACUGGCGUGGCCUCGCUGCAACGCGGAAGAGAAGGAGAAUGCAAAAGAAACAGUAUAUCUCCUGACCCUCACACGAGCAGCGAGACUUCUGACUCUCUCAGCGUUAACUCUCAACCAUACACAAAUAUUACGUCACCGGGAUUCAUGUCCGAGGAAAAGCUCAAAAAGUUCAAAUAUGAACCUUUAGAAGAUGAAACUGACUGCUGGGGAGGGAUGUUGUUUGAGCAAGACUUGUAUGGACGUGUAUGCAGAGGAAACUAUGGACAACCCAAAGUAAACAGUCAUCAUUUAUUGUCGAACGCUAAAGAAACUACUGAAAAUAAGAUUGCAUCUAUGAACUCAGGGCCUAAAAUGGUUCUUGAUAGUGAGAUAUCUGUUGCAGACCUUUUGGACACGUCAUCUACUACUCCCUCAAAGCCAGAUGCAAAGGUACUAGAUAUUUCAACUACUCCAGUAGAGGUGACAGAGUCUAAUGCGCCUGAAACCACGUGCAUCAACAAUAAUGUGUCUUUCUCACUAACCUUAGGAGAUCUGAACAUGAAUGUGAAUAAUUCAGAUUUUAGUUUUAUUGAUUCUGAUGGCUCUUCUCAGUCAGAGGUAGUUGAUACUCUCAAAGGCAUCAGCAGUUUUGGCGGGACUUUUCCACAACCAUCAGAAAAUUUACAAAUAGCCGCAUAUCACGCAGAGACAGUGGCCACACUUCAGGAUAUAUUCACUUUGAAGGACACCUACAUACCUGAGAUGAACUCUUCCUUUGAAAUAACUGCAUCAUCUAAUAAACUGUGUAAAGUCUCUCCAGUUUGCCAAGACAAUUGCCAAGAUUGUCAAUAUGAACUGAAUAACGUGGCACCUCAUGGUAACUCCAGGGUAAACAGAAGAGAGAUCGCUGCUUUGUCAUCACAAAAUCAAACAUCUAAUCCACCCGAUCUUCAAACUGAAUCCAGAGAAGAUUUAUCAAGAAGUGUUGAUGAUUUUCAAAAGACACAGAAGGACUUUGAUGAUAAUGGAAACCCACAAGCUAAAAUAGGCACACUUGACCAGAAGGAGUCAUUUUCAGGUGUGGUUAGUGCACGUUUUAGACCAAAAGGAGUGUCCCGACAGAACAGCAGUGGCAGCCCAAACAACCAAAGCAAAAGCGGAGACAGAGAGUUUGAACAGUUGUUAUCCCUCGUUCAAAAUAUUUCAGGAGUCAGCGAAGGACCAUUGUCAUAUCAGCCCACUAAAUCAGCUCUUUCUUCCUUACUGGCAUUAAAUAAACAGACAGAUUCGCAAGGAGAUCACGGCAACAAAGACCAAACACAUCACAGUGAGUCUAAUACAACGUCCCAAAUAUCUUCAAAAGACAACGCAACGUCUCUUCUUACAGAGAAUUGUGUAACAGGAAAAUCCUCUGACAUCAGUUUUGAAGACCUUCACGCAAAAGUAGCACCAAACUUGAGAACCCCUUCAAAGUCAAAGAUUGGGCAAUCUUUGCAAGAACCUGAACCCUCUUCUCCCUCCAUUCCUUGUGCGGCCUCCCUGUUAGCUGAUGCACAGGCUACGCUCCACCCUACCCCUGUCUGUUGCCCCUCCAUACAUCCCUCAAGCGUGGGGCCCAGUGCUGGAGCCAACACUUCUCUGGCUGUGGCCCCCUACACCUCCUCCUCCUACUGUACCACCUCCACCACAGACCAGCCCCUGGUCGAUGCACGGCACUCACUUUUGCCUGAGGAGACACAGCCAGCUAGCAACCUGCCCCAUCAGGAGAGCAGACCUCAUCCAGUGAAGCCAUUAACCUCCAGCCAAUCAGAGAAGAAGGAGGGUCGUUCGGUUCUAGAGAAGCUGAAGUCAACCAUCCACCCUGGACGCACCUCCCACCAGGUCACAGCAGAACCUGAGAGGAGUCAGGAGGUGACAGUGGACAACUCGGCCCAGUACCAACACCUGACCAACAUGGAGCUGAUCUCCCUGCUGCUGCAGCAGGAGAUGGACAUGCAGAAGCAGCAGGCGGCCUCCGAGCGGCAGGAGGCGCAGCUGCAGAAAUGUGAGGCUGAGCUGAAAAAGGUCAAGCUACAGGUUCGAGACCUGGAGGACUACAUUGAUAAUCUUUUACUGCGGAUCAUGGAGCAGACCCCCACGCUGCUUCAAGUGCGCACUAGACACAAGUGACGACAGUGCUAGUGUGUGUAUGGUGUAUUGCACAUGAUGUAUGAUCCUCUAGAAUACUGUUUCCUCAAGAGUAGUAUUGUUAUUUAAGACUGGGAAUCACUGUUCUAGAGACGGUCAAACAAAUAGUCCACAAAAUCUGAUCUCACAAUCAUCCAGGUCUUCUCACUGCUAAUACUGCCCUGUUGAUGUAGACACGAUAUUACCCAACAUGCAUGCUGGUUACUAUCCCAAUUUGGCACGUACAGAAAAUAGAACAAGUACUAUGAGAAAAAGCAUCUAUCAAAGCGGAUGCAAAUGAUUAUUUUACUCAUGCUUACUAGAAUAAUUUAAGGUAGUCAGCUGUUGUCAAUUUAAACUUUAAACUCACUGCUUUCACACAUGCAUAGAAUAAAAUACAGGUUAGAGAAAACACAUUUUGAAAUGCAUUUAAUGUCUUCCUCUGGCAAAAUAUGAUGUUAACUCAAGUAACCUUAAAACUGCAGCUGUCGAAGUGCAAAAACAACAUUUUGACACACGAUUUUCAUCUCAAACACUUUUAUGAAAUGCCAAGUGCACAAAGGUUAACUUGAGUUAAUUACAUAUUUUCUAAUAGAAUGUAAGAAAUGCUACAAAAAAAUAGCAACACAUCAUAAAAUGCUGCGUUGUAAUGUGAAUCCUAACAAAGAGAUGUUUCUGCAUUAACAUUGCUGUAUGAUAAAAAACUAUUCUCAUUUUUGUGCGAGAAAAUACUAAAGAGGAUGAAGACUUGUUGUUUACAUCUUGUUUCUUUGUUUUCUUUUUCUUUUUUUAUCCAAAUACUGUGUUCAUUAAACAUUUCUUGUUACCCGCUAGAACAACAAGAAUGUUUUAGAAUAUUUUUGUUUUGUUGUCCAUUCUGCAAUUAUUUUUGAAAUAGCAACAUUUUGCUGUAGAAAUAACAAAGCAUCAAUGCACUAAGUAAGAGUAUUAUAAGUUAUUUGUAUAAAAUACUUUUGUCAUGAUAAUAUAUUGUCUAAUAUCAUUCUAGCACCACUGUAGUUACUUGCAAUGCUUUACAUGACCGCAGUACUGUACUGUAGUAAAAUAAAGUGCACAUGAACCAAA